CCUUUCUGAAACGCUGCAAGAGGAGGACUCCCAAGAGGCUCACUAGCAUCAUAAAGAUGAAAAGAGACUCUGGAUAUUCCACCAUGGCUGAGCAGCAGCAGCAGGAAGAGAAGCUCUGGGGUGCCAUGAAGAUCAGUGCCAGUGUCCUUGGUACAGCCCUGCUCAUAGUCACUGCCCUGGUGAACUCUGUUUCUUGGUACGUGCAGAGUAUGUGGGACAUUUUAGGCCAUUUCUGGCAAACAACGUGGCUGAAGUUCUACUGCCUGUUUGAGGGAAAGGAGUCGACAAUCUUCCUCCUCGGGGCUGCAUUGGUGCCUGGCCUUGCUUUCUGGUGCUUCAAUGGAAUCCUUAUGGUGGCUGAUGUAACAGGAAAGCCAUCUUUCAUUACUCGCUAUCGCAUUCAGCUGGGCAAGAAUGAUCCUGUGGACACAAAGAAAUUGCGCCAAGCCAUCUACACAGCGCUGUGCAAUCAGUUCUUUAUCUCCUUCCCCAUGCUUCUGCCCAUGUUCUACAUCAUGAAAUGGUGGGGCAACACCUUCAGCAAGGAUUUACCCACCUUCCGCUGGUUUCUUGUGGAGCUAAUCAUCUUUACCUUAAUCGAGGAAAUUCUCUUCUAUUAUACACACAGGGUUGUUCACCACCCGCUCCUGUAUAAGCACAUUCACAAGAAGCACCACGAAUGGACAGCCCCCAUCGGUGUGGUCUCCAUUUAUGCUCACCCAGUGGAACACAUAUUCUCCAACACGCUGCCUGUCAUGACUGGCCCGAUGGUCAUGGGGUCUCAUAUUGUUUCGAUCGCAGCAUGGUUCUCUCUUGCUCUCGUAACAACCAGCAUCUCACACUGCGGCUACCACCUGCCCCUCCUGCCGUCACCGGAGUUCCACGACUUCCACCACCUCAAGUUCAACCAGUGCUAUGGAGUCCUGGGAGUGCUGGAUUAUCUGCAUGGAACAGAUACAGUGUUCAGACAAAGCAAAGCCUACGAGAGACACAGGGUCCUCCUCAGCCUCACGCCGCUCUCGGAAAGCAUCCCUGAGGUGCCCAAGAAGGCAGAGUGAACCCCACGGUCCUUGUAGAGCGAGGGACAAUGACUUAAUGCCAAAUAGUAUUUUAACUGGGAAACAAGUUAUUGUUCACACAUAAAAAAACCCAAAGCU